CCUAUCAACUGUGUGACAGUGGUUUGCUCCAUCGCUGUUGCAACGCCCAACACUUUAUUGUAUUUCGUUCCUUUCGUCAAGUUGUGUCCGUUCGUAUUCGCGAAAACAUGCCGCGUUGUUUGAUCAAGUCGAUGACAAGAUACAGAAAGACGGAUAGCUCUUCUGAAGAAGCAGAAUUACCAUGGACGCCGCCGUCAUCGGUUGAUGCGAAGAGAAAACAUCAGACCAAAGAUAAUUCUACGAAAUGUAGUAAUAUAUGGACGUCUUCAAAAUUACCAAUCGUAACACGAUAUACGUUUAACAAAGAAAACACUAUGUUGUGGAAUAAAGAAUCUAAUGUAGACGAAGUAGAGUUAGGGAUGAUAAAUUUUUCCGACAUCGAAAAUACGAUAUCGUCGACUACUACGAAUGUUUCCAUGAAUACCAAUCAGGUAGUGAUUGACCCUAAUAAUAAACAAAACGUGGAGAAAGUGCAAAUACCAUUGACAUCAAAUUCUGAAAAAGUAGAGUACCCGGUAAACGUAAGUAAUAAUGAAAUCAAGGUGGCAGUAAAUUUGAAUAGGACGUUCAAUGAAACCGAGAAUCAAACGACCUCGCAAGCAUUAUAUCUUACUCCAAAUAAGAAACAGAUUGAUUCCCAAAAUCAGUAUCUGGGUGGCAAUAUGAAAACGUCGGGGGUGGAGAACCCACAAAAUUGGAAGCGAAAUAAAACUAUGCAUUAUUGUCCCUAUUGCCGUAAAAGCUUCGAUCGUCCAUGGGUGUUGAAGGGUCAUCUCCGCCUCCAUACUGGUGAACGACCUUUCGAGUGUCCAGUCUGCCAUAAAUCUUUUGCUGAUCGAUCAAAUUUACGUGCGCAUCAAAGGACACGAAAUCACCAUCAAUGGCAAUGGCGAUGCGGGGAAUGUUUCAAAGCAUUCUCACAAAGACGAUAUUUGGAACGACAUUGCCCGGAAGCUUGUAGAAAAUAUCGAAUAUCUCAAAGGAAGGAACAAAAUUGUAGCUAGAAGUCAAAUUUUAUUUCUUUAAUAUAAACAUAUUUAUAUAGAGAAAUGUAUAAUAUUAUACAUUAAAUAUAUUUCGUUAAUUAACUACGUAAAAUUUGGAUUCGAAUAUAUAUAAUAUAUACUAUACAAUAGUAUGAUAAAACCAUAGAACAACUUUUAACUUUUUCGCCCAUACUAUUUUCCUUGGGUCAAAUUUAUAAAUUUCAAUAAGUGAAAAUAUUAAUUAUAUAAUGUUAAGACAAAUUCACAUGUCUCUUUUCUACGAAUAAGGAUUGUUUUAUUUAUUACAAACGAUAAAAGCAUUUAAAUCGACAAAGGAUAUGACAUCGAAAUAAAAAUUCGAAUAGCUUGAUCUUUGUUUGUUAACUAUACAUAUUCUUUGAGAAACAAAGUCUCAUUCAAAAAUAUUAUGUAAUUCUGUAUUUACUCUUAUUUGAGAUUUUAUGUAAGUAGUAACAGUAUUAAUUGAAUUUGAUUUAUUUACCGUCGCAGCUUUGUGGCUCCCCGUAGCGUUAAUUUUACGAAUAUUACAUAUAUAUAUAUACACAUGUAUAUAAUAGACCAUUAUAGUCUUAUAGCUCCCCGUAAUGUGAAUAUUGGCACGAUAGAUAUGAAUUGUACAGUAACGUAGUCGAGACAAUGAAUAAAGAAAUUUUAGUAAUAAAUUGAUUGAUUAAGUAUCAUAAUUACAUAUUAUCAUUGAUAGAUAUAUAUACCCACUUGUUAAUCUACAUAUUUACUUUUGUUAUUAAUACGUUUAAGUUCAAAUCUGUUAACCAAAUUAUUAUUUGAUUAAAGUGUUCAAAUUUUAAUUAGUCGGGUUUAUUUCUCAAUUAUUUAGAGCUCCAUGGGUAACAACCUAAAUCCGAAUUCCCCAGACGAACACAUAAUAAAUAUACUGAUAAAUGUUAGGGCGCAAAAACCCAAAUGACACGAAGCGAAGUUUUCUAAAAAUUAUCAAACAAAAGGAAAAUAAUAAACUAGCUAACUAACUAUAACGGCAAAUGGAUCGACGUUUGAUCGAGCAAGUUCGAGAUACGAUACGAGGUACGAUUUAAGAGUGCGCCUUAAAGCUUCGCGUGAAAUUAGGCGUCGUCAUCGAUAGAGUGCGCGCAAUAACGUAACGGUUUCUAACCUAAGUAAUUUUACUCUUUCAUGGCGCAUGUCGUGUACGUUCAACGAGGAAUAAUUAUCACCCGCAUUUGACGCAGUGCGUUAGUCUCAUAUUACUAA